AUGAGUGAAAAGCGCUUCAAAAGUAUAAUCGAGGUAACGAAGUUUAUCAAACACGCUGAUAUCAGAGAAAACUACAACACCGACAGUUUUGUUCGAUUCUGCGCAUUCUGUAGAGACUCCUUGGGCGUCAAGCGAGAUUCUGGAGCCAUGACGAAAGACCAAAGAAAAGCUGCUAAUAAAAAGGCAGUUCAGCACUACAAUAGCUGUCCUAUUGUAGAGACAAUCUUUGAGCGAAUCCCAAGAGGAGAGAAAUUGGAAAAGCUUCAGAACCUUCCGGGUUACCACGAGAACUCUCAGUGUUUUGCCUGCGGAAAAGAUAAGCUCAACGAUCAAACUGCAAUUCAUCUUCAUUUUUCUUUUUGCGACAGUAUAACUGAACUUCUCGAAGACCCCGAAGAUUUGUUUGACGAAGCUGAGAGCUUGGAGCAAGAAGAUCAUGAUGUUGGGGUUGAUGUGGCUGAACUGGCCGAAGAAAACUUGAUGAUCGAUUCUCAAUCCGCGAAAACCGAUCCAUUUCCUGCUGCAGAUGAUAGAAGCUCAAGCCAAAAUUCAAGUGAUGGAAGUCAGGGCUCGAUUUAUCAGCCAGAUUCGAAGGAAUCGAUUGAAUCGUCUCACGAUGAGGAGAUGCACGAAACAACAAUAUCUUCUGUCAACGAUACAAUCGCCACUAUUUCAGCAAGUCAGAAGGAGACAAGAAUCGAUGCAGAGACUCAUCUCGUUAAGCAACUUCGUCUGGUCAUGGAAGAAAAGCGUGAUCUCAUCCCGGCAAGUUUCAUUACUCCAGAACUGAUGGAAAUUUGGCACUAUUCUGCGCUAAAUGCCCGCAUCAUUAUGCUCAGCAGCUUCUUGCCAACUCGACUCAUCUAUGGUGUCACGAAUGAAGAGAUAAGGCUUAUUGUGAACUGGUCAAAUAAUCUUGGCUCAGAAUUCCAACGUGACAAGCCUCUUCGCAUGACGAACAAGCACGUUAAAAUGGCCUUGGAGAGACGUGAGCAAGUUCUCGGCGGCGAAAAAUAUGAUGACGACCGAAAAGCAAAAGUAAGACGAUUACGCGGAAUCACUGAUGAAGACAAGGAAUCAAUUUUGGAUUAUAUUUACGACCACAGCGAUGAAUCACCCGAAACAAAGGCAUUUGAAUGCAAAACGUCACUCAUCAUCGAAAGAUCCAUUGAUUUGUAUGAAAAUCUAAAGAAAGAAAAAUUCCAGAUGAAGUUCGGACUUCUCUUCACGACUAAUGAGAAAGUCGAGAAAGUUCAAUGCACAAGAAGACUCGCGCAUUCGAAAUACAAUGGACUGUGGGAAGAAUUCAACGCUGUUCGUCUCUCAAAGGGGCAGGAAACGAUCUCUUUGCAUCAUUUUCGGGCGCUCAUACCGCCGAUGAUGAUCGAGCCACGUCAUCGGGAUACCUAUCAGUGUAUUUGCGCUCCUUGCAGUAAUCUUGGGAACCUCCUAUCGAAAUUUUCCGACCUUUUGAUCUUACAAAAGAUCGAAAAACGAAAGCUGACUCGUGAAGAAAUCAUUGAGAUGAUCUACGACUUGAAAGGCUGCAAGAACUCAAUAUAUCAGGACCCUUACAUUGUCCCUCUUGCAUGUGCGGAAGGCAAAUGCGACUGCAAUGAUGGCGAGGGAAAAGUUUUACCUCUCCUGCGGGAGCGCUUCGAAGAGAUCGACGUUCUUUUCCGCGAUGAGACGCCGCAACUUGAGCGAUACAACAUUAUGCUUAUGAGAGAUGUUUAUAAACGCCUUCAACCAGGCUCCGAGCCGGUUCUAAUCAUGAAAGAUGUUCAUACCCGCUUAAAGCUCAGUGAUAAGCAACUUGUCGAAGAUCUCAGCUCAGCAUUUGAUGAAAACUCCUAUCAUUACUCUGAGAACAGGCUUGCAAAUCUUCUUUAUGGACAGGUACGACGCGGUGAGAAAGAAUUCGACAAUACGAUUUUCUUCGAAAUUGACUACAGUGGAGAGUACACCUGUCAAGGAGGAGUAAAGACGACCCAAAACGCAGAAAUGGGAACCAAAAUCGAGCUUGUUGUUCAUAUCGUUGUUGCUUGGGGAUUCAAGAUGACAGAGUCGGGUGAAAGAGAGCGAGUAAGACUAGACUCGGGACUUCUCAUGGAGAAAAACAAGGAAAGAAAAUUCGUCAAAUCGCCCGCUGUUAUCAAGACCCAUCUGCUGAAGGUUUUGAAUCACAUUAAAGCAACUCAGCUGAUGACCAUCAACGAAGAUACAGUUGGCGUGCUUCUCAGCGACAACGCUGUUGAGUACAAGUCCAGAUUCAGCCUAGCAGACAUCGCUGAUACCGACAACUGGGGCAUACAAAUGAUGAAAGCGUUCAAAAUCACCCGACAUGGGAAGUCGUUUGUGGACGGUGCGGGAUCGACUCUCAAACAGAAAAUGCGAAAGAUUGAAACAGAAGGGACUUACAUUCCUUCGAUUGGUUUGGAAAAGCUGAUUGAAAUGCUGAAUGCGUCGCCAUCAACUACCGAAAAAGGGACGUCUUUUCACUUUUCUAUCCCUGGAAUGACCCCGAAGUCCGGAAUAAUGUGGAAUCAUGAAACAGCAUUUACAAAACUGAUGUCGAUGCCUUCAAAGAAGAAAGACGGCUCAGCCAUACGACGCGGCAAUCAACAAAUUCGAAUGGUUAAAUACGUCCGAAUCCCGAUUACAAAACGGCAUUUUGAGGACGAAGAAAUCAAGUUUCUUGUUGCAACAAAUAUCUGCCCAAAUCUGUGCCAAGUGUGUUUCUCUGCCACUCCCGAGUUCUGUGCAAGCGUUCAAAAUUACGCUCUCUCUGUGAAACGAAGUCAGUUUUUCUUCAAUUGA